AUGGAUCGGCACACCAGUACACCUGCGGUAGCUGCAUUCUCCUCUACCUUCGCACCUACUAGUGGAAAGCUGUAUGGGUCGACCGUCCCUGAAGUUGACGUUCAAAAACGUCAACGGCGUACGUACAAUACCGCCGCAGCGGCACUUCUUACUCCCAUGAGUUCUCCGACCCCUGGUAGACCCGCCACUGUACCAAGUGCCGGUUCUGACCGUCGCGACGACGUCGCUGUAAGAUUCGUUCAGCAUGGUGCUGUUGAUCUCUUUGCUCUUCAGCGAGAGCAGGUGUUGGUCGGUGAAUCUCGACGCGUCGAUGACGAGUUUGUGCACGAGGUGCACGGUCUGCAUGACCGAGUGGCUCGUCUUGAGGGACAACUGGAUCUUCUCUUGAGGGUCCUUCGACUUGUGGCAUCUCCAACUCUUCCAACGCAAGCGCCUCGUGAUCCACCAGCAAUGGAUCAAGGUAAGGCUAAUGCAAUCUGA